AUGCCAAUUGUUACAGAAACUGUAACUGAUGCAUUUGCAACAGCCGUCGGUGACUUCAAUGGUGAUAGCCGGGCAGAUAUAGCUGUCGUAUCUACAUGGAAUGCUAGUGUGAGCAUUUUACUCGGUCAAGGUGACGGCACUUUUCAGUCGACAAUGGUUUUUCCAGUUGUCAGCUAUCCAAGUUCAAUUUUUGUCAAAGAUUUGAAUAAUGAUCAGAGGCUCGAUUUAUUGGUCUCAAACUUUGGCGCGAAUACUGUCAGUGUACUUCUCGGUUAUGGUGACGGUACCUUUGCACCACAGACUAUCUUUGCCACAGGUAUUGGUCCAUAUACAGUAGUUUCAGCUGAUUUCAAUCAUGACAAUUAUUUCGACUUUGCUGUCACCAAUUAUUUCGGCAAUACUGUGAGUGUACAUCUAGGUUUUGGAAACGGAAGUUUUCGAACUCGCAAUUCUUAUCCAACCAAGGCCGAACCAUCAGCACUAGCUGUGGAUGAUCUGAACAAUGAUCAACAUAUGGAUUUGAUCUCCGGGAAUUGUGGAAAUGGCUCGAUCAGUGUGCUUAUGGGUAAUGGAAAUGGCACGUUUCGUCCAGCACAUCACUACAUGAUAGGGGACUGUGUAAAUACAGUUGCUAUAGGCGAUUUUGAUGGCGACAGUAACCCUGACGUCUUUAUUUCUGGAACCGAAUCAGAUACUUUUCGUAUACUCUUUGGUGAUGGUACUGGAACUCUCGUCGAAUCAUUGUUUUUCGACACAACUUACGGUUCGACAGCGGUAGUUCUCAAUGAUUUCAACGGCGAUGGUCGACUCGAUAUCGCACUUGCUCAUAUGCAGAGCGGUGUGAACGUAUUUCUGAACAAAUGUUGA